AACCCACAGCGGGAUUAGCGGCAGUUCUUCUAAGGAGGAAGUCUGUCGGGACUUUUCCAGCGGAUUAAAACAUGAAGAAACAACUUUAUUCCCGGAUUAAUAACGCGGAAUAACGUCGGUAGCGGUGGGAAAGACAACCGCGGAGGUAGCGAGACGCGACAGAAGUGCGCGCGUAAGUUUCUGGAGCUAGCCGUUAGCUUAGCAUGGAGUGACCCGACGGAGCCGUCCCGUUGAAGCCGAUCGGGAGGCUCCGCGAGCGGGGAAAGCGAGCUGACGGCCGCCGGUUUCACCUUCCAGGAGGAUGGCCGGGCUGCUGGGCGACCUGAAGCGGGAGCUGUGGGAAACCGGGAGGCAGUACCCGGUGUCCUGCUGCCUGCUGGUGUCCAUGAUGUCCCUGACGGUGCUGCUCCACAGGUUCACCUUCCUGCUGAUGGGGUUCUGGUCCGUGCUGGCCGGCGCCGUCACCUCCCACUGCAUCCUGGGCCCCGAGUCGCUCCUUCCAAACAUGCUCUUCACCGUCAAGCCCCGGACCAGGCGGCAGGAGCAGGAGCUGUUCCCGCUCGGCCACAGCUGCGCCGUGUGCGGGAAGGUCAAGUGCAAACGGCACCGGCCCACGCUGCUGCUGGAGAACUACCAGCCAUGGCUGGACCUGAAGGUCCACUCCAAGGUGGACGCGUCCAUAGCGGAGGUGUUCGAGUUGGUCCUGGAGAACUUCGUCUUCCCCUGGUACAGGGACAUCACCGAAGACGAGGCGUGCGUUGAUGAGAUGAGGAUGACCUUUCGCUUCUUCGCCUCGGUGCUCGUCCGCCGAGUUCAGAAGGUGGACAUCCCCCGGGUGUUUGCAGACAAGGUGAUGAAAGCCGCCAUGAAGCACAUCGAAAUCAUGGCCGAGGCUCGAAAGAAAGUAAACGGCGUGGAGGGCCUGGAGCAGGCCGCUCUGGAGCUGUACGGCGCCGACCUCCACGUCGCCCUGCGCAGCCGCAAACACGAGCUGCUCUACCUGAGGAAGGUGACCGAGAUGCUGUUUCCCUUCGUCAUGCCGCCCAAAGCCACCGACUGCAGGUCUCUGGCUCUCCUGAUGAGGGAGGUGAUGGCCGGAUCGGUCAUCCUGCCCACCAUGGACUUCAUGGCGGACCCCGAUACUGUGAACCUCAUGGUGCUGAUCUUUGUCGACGACACUCCGCCUGAAGAAGCCACCGAGCCGCCGUCGGCCCUGGUUCCAUUUUUACAGAAAUACGCCGGCAUCUGCAACAAGAAGCCUUCUGUGUUGAAGCUGGAGCUGAAGGAGAUCCGGGAGGAGCAGGACCUCCUCUUCCGCUUCAUGAACUUCCUGAAGCAGGAAGGCGCCGUGCACGUGCUGCAGUUCUGCCUCGCCGUGGAGGAGUUCAACGACAAGAUCCUGCGCCCGGAGCUGAGCGACUCGGAGCUGCAGCGUCUGCACGGCGAGGUGGUGCACAUCUACCAGACCUACUGCCUGGACGAGAGCAUCGACAAGAUCAGCUUCGACCCCUUCAUCGUGGAGGAGAUCAAGAACAUCGCUGACGGGCCGUACGGCGGCGUGGUGAAGCUGCAGACGAUGACCUGCCUGUUCGAGGCGUACGAACACGUCCUGUCGCUGCUGGAGAAGGUCUUCACCCCCAUGUUCUGCCACAGCGACGAGUACUUCAGACACCUGCUGAGAGGAGCCGAGUUCACAGCGAGAAACUCCAGAACCAGCAGAAAUAGCUUCAGUUUGGAGGAGAACAGAAACUUCUCCAAGCGCGGCGAGUCGUUCGGCAUCAGCAGGAUCGGCAGCAAAAUCAAAGGCGUGUUCAAGAGCACGACGAUGGAGGGCGCCCUGCUGCCGCCCAGCGCCAUGAGCGACCUGGACGACGACACGGUGGAGGAGGCCACCAUGGUGAUGGAGGACGACCCCGUCCCCGCCGCUGCCGCCGCCGCAGCCGCCGCCGAGCUGGCCGGCGUGCCGGGCAGCCAGAGGAACCUGCUGGCGUGGAGCAUCACCAUCCCGUACAUCGACCUGUGCGAGGACGAGGUGAAGAAGGAGAGGGUCCCCGUCUUCUGCAUCGACGUGGUGCGCAACGACCGGAAGGAGGCGGUCGGCCAUGAAACCGAGAAGUGGUCGGUCUUCAGAAGAUACCUGGAGUUCUACGUCCUGGACUCCAAACUCACCGAAUUUCACGGCACGUUUGCAGACGCACAGCUCCCAUCCAAAAGAAUCAUCGGACCAAAGAAUUACGAGUUCCUCUCCUCGAAAAGAGAAGAAUUUGAGGAAUAUUUACAAAGACUCCUGCAGCAUCCGGAGCUGAGAAACAGCCAGCUGCUGGCGGACUUCCUGUCUCCUCACAGCAUGGAGUCCCAGUUCCUGGAGCGGAUGCUGCCCGACGUCAACCUGGGAAAAAUAUUCAAGUCUGUUCCAGGAAAGCUGAUGAAAGAGAAAGGCCAGAACCUGGACCCGUUCAUUCAGUCCUUCUUCAACUCCUGCGAGUCGCCCAAACCCAAGCCGAGCCGCCCCGAGCUGACCAUCCUCAGCCCGUCGGCCGAGAACAACAAGAAGCUUUUCAACGACCUGUUCAGGGACAACGCCGGGGAGCCCGAGGGUCCGGGCCGGAGACGCGACCAGGCCGACGUGAUGAAGGUGGACGGCAUGUACGACUACAUGAUGUAUGUGGGUAAGCGAACGCACCGCCGCUUCUCCGUGUCGGCCCGCGACUGGAAUCCACCUCCGAGUGAAAGAACCGCAGCGCCCGCUUCCUCUUCGCACAACUUUAACGGGUCAGCUGUGGAGGGUGUUUGGGUGUGUUUGAGUGUGUGUGUGUGUAAAGUCCCGCUCUGCGCUCCAGGCCACGUGGUCUUCCACGUGUCGGACUGGCUGCACCACAUGCUGGUCGCCGGCCGGAUCCUGUUCAAGAGCACGUUUGAAGCCUACAUGGACCAGUACAUGCAGUCCAAGCUGGACCAGAUCCUCCAGGAGCACCGCGUGGUUUCCCUCAUCACGCAGCUCCGAGACGCCAUCUUCUGCGAGAACAGCGAGGAGCGGACGGCGGAAGCCAAGCAGACCCGGGCCAAGCAGACGUUCGAGGAGAUGAUGAAGUAUCUGCCGGACUUUGUGGGCAGGUGUAUCGGUGAAGACGCCAAGUAUGAAGGCAUCCAGCUUCUGUUCGAGGCGCUGCAGCAGCCGCUGCUCAACAAACAGAUGACGUACGUCCUGCUGGACAUCGCCGUGCUGGAGCUCUUCCCUGAACUCAGCUAGCGGGACAGCGGCGUCUCGCCGCGAGACGCGACCUUUUGGCCCGUUUGACGCUGCCGUUUCCUCCCAGCAGGGGGCCGAGGAGCCGCUGGUCCUGGCAACCAAGUGCAAUACUCUCAACUGUUUCCAAAGCUCGGGGACCAUCAUUCCUCUGUACACUAAAAGCACUAAUAAAGGAAUCUAUUUAUUCACUUUUAAG